AUGUAUCCAAAUCUUCAGAAAUAUGUCCAAAAUGGCUUUUAUCCGCAUCCAAAGAUCUUUCAGUCCACUGAUCAUGAAACAGAAAACUUUCACUCACUUCAUACAUUGCCCAAACGAAACGCCAGCACGCCACCACUCUUCUCACAAACAUUGCCCAGACGAAACGCCAGCACGCCACCACUCUUCUCACAAACAUUGCCCAGACGAAACGCCAGCACGCCACCACUCUUCUCACACACAUUGCCCAGACCAAACGCCAGCACGCCACCACUCUUCUCACACACAUUGCCCAGACCAAACGCCAGCACGCCACCACUCUUCACACACACAUUGCCCAGACCAAACGCCAGCACGCCACCACUCUUCACACACACAUUGCCCAGACCAAACGCCAGCACGCCACCACUCUUCACACACACAUUGCCCAGACCAAACGCCAGCACGCCACCACUCUUCACACACACAUUGCCCAGACCAAACGCCAGCACGCCACCACUCUUCACACACACAUUGCCCAGACCAAACGCCAGCACGUCACCACUGCUCACACGCAUUGCCCAGACCAAACGCCAGCACGUCACCACUGCUCACACGCAUUGCCCAGACCAAACGCCAGCACGUCACCACUGCUCACACGCAUUGCCCAGACCAAACGCCAGCACGUCACCACUGCUCACACGCAUUGCCCAGACCAAACGCCAGCACGUCACCACUCUUCUCACAAAAAUUGCCCAGACCAAACGCCAGCACGUCACCCCUCUUCCCACACACAUUGCCCAGACCAAACGCCAGCACGCCACCACUGCUCACACGCAUUGCCCAGACCAAUUGCCGGUGCACCACCACUGCUCACACACAUUGCCCAGACCAAUUGCCGGUGCACCACCACUGCUCACACACAUUGCCCAGACCAAAAACAGUCCACCACCACUCUUUGCAUAUUAA